AUGAAAAUAACAACUUCUUCUUUAAAGUUGUUUAAGAACACUUGUAGAAGAUAUCCAAAACUCAUAUUUUUUGCAGUGAUUUCAACAAUAACAUUGUUUUCUUUGAUGUUUAUCUAUAUUUAUGCACUUGUAUCAUUCACUUAUUCAUAUAAAUCAUCUACUGGUUCAAAAGUGAUAUCUGUUAAUAAAAAUUCAGCCCUAAAUUUUGAUAAAAUGUUGAAAGAAAGUAUGGAAUAUAUAAAUAAAGAAAUGGAUGUAAUUUUAGAGCUUGAAGAUAGACAUACACAGAACAACUCUUUUAGAAAACUAGAUCCCUAUCCAUUGCCAAUUGUGCCAAUUCGUAUGACAUUAAACACGGCUGUAUUUAAGUAUUCAACACAGAACGGAAAAAACACUGUUCUAAAGAGAAUUAUUUGGGAUCCAAAGUCAAAAGUUAAUGAAGAUGUUGUUUGUGAAUCAUUAAAAAACAAACAUGAAAAUAUAAUUGAUUGUUACAUGUCAACCAGAAUGAAUAGGGUUGUUAAUGGAGAGAAACAGACAUUAAUUUGGAUAUUUUUUGAAUACAUGGAUGUUAAAAUAACUGAAAAGAAUGUAUUUAGGGAUGAGGACACCAUAAGGGCAAUCUUAAUUGAUGCUCUAAAAGGACUAAAGUAUUUACAUGAUAAUCGAUUAGCACAUUUAGAUUUUAAAAUAAUGAAUAUAAUGGGAAAAACUAGAAGAGACGGAAGUAUUGUUUAUAAAUUAAUAGACUUUGGAUUUACACAACCAAUUCUUGAAGAUAAUGAUAAAUAUGAUGAGAAUGCAAUGAAAGAAAUACGUGGUAAGAAUUAUGGAACAUUUCCAUUUAAGGCACCGGAAGUAAUGAGAAGUAGUUUACAUGGAUUUAAAAGUGAUGUGUGGUCACUGGGAGCAACUGCUUGGUAUCUAUCAAUAGGUAAGAUUCCAUUUUAUAAGUCAAAAGGACAGAAAGAUAUGGAAAGUUAUAGGAUGUUUGCAGGAUUAAUGAAGAAGAGUCUUGAAGAUCAUAAAAGAUUUAAAUUUAAGAGACAAACUUCACCAGAACUAAGAGAUUUUAUAAUCAGCUGUAUGAAAUUAGACUAUGAAAAUAGACCAUCAGUAAAUGAAUUACUUGAACAUCCUUUUAUUUUAAAUGAACGGAUUAUAUUAGAAGAAGAUGAAAGUGAUGAUUAUUUGUCUUUGAUUAAAUAA